AUGCUGCUGGGUGUAUCAUCCUUCUUUAAGCUGAUUGUAGCAGGACAGAUCAAGCUGGGACCAGAAAUGCCUACUCUACAAAAAUCACUCUUAGGAUGGGUAGUCGUCGGUGAACUAUCCGAUUCUACGAGCGUCUCCUUGCCGGAUAGCCUAACAACAAAAUUGCGCAUCAUGUUUGAUGCUAGUUGCAAGUCCAGCAACGGAGUGUUGCUCAAUAGCACUAUGCUCGUGGGAGCAACUUUGCAGCCUGAUCUUUUUGAGAUAUUAAUCCGAUUCAGAUUUUACAAUGUCCAGGUGCAAACGCUGCGUUUAAAAACCGUGACCUACGGAAAAAGUUCCGCUCCAUUCCUAGCCGUGCGAUGCCUGUUUUAUUUGGCUGAACAAUGCGAGCUGUGGCUGCUAAAGCUUGAUUGGGACGAAGCGUUGCCACCUAGUUAUGCCAGUCAGUGGCAAAAAUAUCAAAAGGAGCUGAAGCUAUUCGACCUGUGCGCGAUGCCUCGUUCCGUAGUCCCACUCCAGGCUGAUCUGAACACUCUAGAGCUUUAUGGGUUCUCCGAUGCCUCAAGCCGCGCUUAUGGCAGAGUCAUCUAUGCGCGCGUCCAGGACCAGGAAGGAUCAGUCUACGUACAUUUGGUAACUUCAAAAUCCAAGGUGGCGCCAAAUGACUCGACCAUUGUGCUCAACUGGCUCGCUUCGCAUGCAAGCCGCUGGACAACAUUUGUCGCGAGCAAUCCAGCUGAUAUAGUUUCCAGAGUGAACAGAGGCACUCCGCAAGGAGGUGUACUAUCACCCCUUUUAUGGAAUAUCGCGGUAAAUAAACUACUGCGGAUUCUUGAAGGAGGAGGCUGUAAAAUAGUGGCAUACGCAGACGAUGUCGCUAUCAUCUUUAAUGGUAGGUACCCACAAACGUUAUGCGAUCUUAUGACCGCAAAACUAAAAACACUAUCGGAAUGGACUACAAAGAACGGACUUGGGGUAAAUCCCUCAAAAACGGAACUAGUCCUUUUUACAAAUAGAUACAAAAUCCCUAAACUUAACCCAUCCACUUUAAACAACUGUAAUCUCUCUUUUAGCGAGCACGCAAGAUACUUGGGGUUAGUAUUAGAUAAGCGUCUUAAAUGGGGACUAAACAACCAAGAGAGAACCAAGAAAGCGACCAUUGCACUUUACUCUUGUAAAAAAGCAAUUGGGCUAAGAUGGAGUAUGUCCCCUAAAAUAGUCAAUUGGAUAUACAUAGCGGUAGUCAAGCCAAUCCUACUAUAUGGAGUGGCUCUGUGGUGGACCGCUUUACACAAACAAUGUAUCUUAACUCCACUUAACAAAGUACAGCGCAUGGCGGCCUUGUGUAUGAGUGGAGCCCUUCGAACUACCCCAAACGAAGCGCUGAAUGCGAUCUUGAACCUCCAGAGCCUGGACUUAGCAGGAAUGGAAAGGGCGAAAUCGGCAGCCAUUCGACUAAGGGAUACAGGGCAAUGGAAAGCCCAACUGUAUGGUCACGCUAAGAUUCUUCAGCAUGACAAAUUGAUCCCGCCAAAAACGGAUCUAUGUAAAACCCGUGAAUACAAUCACACGCCCUUCGAAGCUCUGAUCCCAGGCAGGGAAGUUUGGGAUCGUGGCCGACCGGGCUCAAUAGACGCAAUCUGUCUAUAUACAGACGGCUCCAAACUAGACGGACACGUAGGUGGAGGCAUAUACUCCGAGCAAUUAGAGAUCAGGCGGUCUUUCAGACUUCCUGACCACUGCAGUGUCUUCCAAGCGGAAGUGUACGCUAUAAUGGAAGCACUUGUCUGUUUAAGGGAGUUAAACACCCAGAACAGACACAUAAACAUAUAUAGUGAUAGCCAAGCGGCUAUUAAAUCAAUCUACUCGACAAACACAAACUCCCGAACAAUAGCAGACUGUCGCAAAUCUCUCCACGAGAUGGCUAAUCAGUUUACUGUCAGCCUUAUAUGGGUUCCGGGUCACCGGGAUAUCGUAGGCAACUGUAUAGCAGACGAGCUAGCCAGGCAAGGCACCACCAUACCUCUCCUUCCAGGAAAGGAGAAUGUCGGCAUGCCGAUGGCUACUUGUAAGCUAAUUAUUAAAAACCACUUCAGCAAAUUAGCCAACACUUAUUGGCAAAACACACCGCAAUGCCGAAUCUCUCACCAGACAUGGCCUGUAAUAAACAAUAAGAAAACAUCAGAACUACUCAAUUUCAGCCGCACUGAGUGCAGCAUGCUAAUUCGAGUACUCACAGGCCACUGGCUCGUUGGCGCACACGCCGGCAGGCUAAAAGCCCCAAAAAACGAUUUUUGCAGAAGCUGCAGGGAUGAGGAAGAAGAGGAAACGGUGGAACACCUACUCUGUUCAUGCCCAGCCCUAUGCAGGCUCAGACUGAAACACUUAGGAUAUCCUUUCAUAAAUGACCUGACCGAAAUAUCGCAGACUAACCUGAAGAGUCUAAGCUCUUUUAUUAAAUCCUCCGGAUGGGGGACCUGCUGAUCGACCAACUUACAGGCUGACUCUUAACGGAUAGGGGACCC